CUAUAUACCCCACAGUUGAAAAAGAAUUAUUAAAUUAUGUUCAAAUAAAAUGGGCAGAAAGGAUGACAGUUACUGCUUCUAUGAUUGGAAGAAAGGUGAGAAAAUUAGGGAAGACUUUAGAUAUUCAAGAUGCAAAGUUCUCCUCUGGUUGGGUUAAACAUUUCAUGCGACAAAAUAAAUUGGUAGAACGCGUUCGGACACAACAUGUACAAAAACUUCCAGAAGAUAUACCUUUAGUUGUUAAAGAAUUCCUUCAAACUUCACAUGAAAAAACAAAGGACAUUGAAAAAAAAUUUAUUAUCUCUUUUGAUGAGAUACCAAUACGUUGUGGUGACCAUGGCACCUUGUGCAAAUAUGAUAGGAGAUUUGAUGAUCUCGACUUAUAUUCCACAAGUUAUUCGGGCCAGACCGAAUGGGAAGGGUUAGAUGUUCUAGAGAUACCUGGUGGAACUACUUGUGUCUCACAACUGCCCGAUGUAUCAGUAAACAAGCCAUUUAAAAAUGGGAAAGGUGGGUUUACUAAAAAAGGAAACCGCAAAAGAGCAUCAUACGAAUUGGUAUGUGAAUGGGUAUCUGAAACGUGGAGGGAAAUCAGUACAGAUCUUUUGGCUAGAUCUUUUGAAGCAGCCGGGCUUACGCUUAACCCUAAUGGCAGUGAAAAUGACAAGAUGACAGGCCAUCUUCGAGCUAUUAUUGCAAAUCAUAUGAAUGAGGUGUGUUUUUCCGUGGAAGAAGAUAAUGAAUUAUCAAAUCAGGAUGAUGUAGAUAAUGAAUCAAAUCCUGACGAUGAAUUUGGUGAUGAACUUUACAGUGAAAGUGCGACAGAUGAUGACUCUGUAGAUAUGAUGAACAUUGAAUAA